AUGGCUUCGGUGAGCCAUCAGCCUUGGUGGAAGGAGGCUGUAGUCUAUCAGGUCUACCCUGCCAGUUUCAAGGACUCCAAGGGUGAUGGUAUAGGUGAUAUACAAGGUCUAGUCUCUAAAUUGGACUACAUCAAAGAUCUCGGGGUUGAUGUGGUUUGGCUCUCACCGAUGUUCAAAAGCCCCCAGGUAGACAUGGGGUAUGAUAUCUCCGACUAUGAAGAUGUCCACGAACCUUUCGGCAACCUCGCCGAUAUGGACGAGUUGAUCGACGCGCUUCACCAAAGGGGCAUGAAAUUGAUUCUCGAUCUAGUCAUCAAUCACUGCUCUGACCAGCAUGCCUGGUUCCAAGAAUCUCGCAGCUCGAGAGAUAAUCCGAAGCGAGAUUGGUAUAUUUGGCGUCCUCCUACUUAUGAUUCCAAGGGAAACCGACAACCCCCAAACAACUGGCGGGCCAGCUUUGGCGGUAGUGUCUGGGAAUGGGAUCAAAGAACCGAAGAAUAUUAUCUCCACUAUUUUGCGAAAGAGCAACCGGACUUUAACUGGGAUAAUGCAGAGACGCGCAAAGCAAUCUACAACUCAGCAAUCCGCUUCUGGCUGGAUAAGGGUGUAGAUGGCUUCCGCGUAGAUACCGUCAACAAGUACAGUAAACCAGCAGAGUUUCCUGAUGCCCCUAUUACAGACCCCAGCAGUCCAUGGCAGUUCGCCUAUCCACUGUUCUGCAAUGGACCCCGGAUACAUGAAUACCUCAAAGAGAUGGUCCGCGAAGCCAUGGAUCCAUAUGGGGACGUUAUGACUGUUGGUGAACUUCCCUGCACACCUGAUGCGAAAGAAAUCUUGCGAUACGUCAGUGCUAGGGAGCACGAACUCAACAUGGUCUUUCAUUUCGACAUGGUAUACACUGGAAUGGGAACUAUUCGCAAGUACAUCCCCGAACCAUUCGAUCUUCGGGAUGUUAAGACAGCACUCGCCAAAUGGCAGUGCUUCAUUCAAGACACAGAUAUGUGGACGACCUCGUUUGCCGAGAACCAUGACAGCGCUCGAUCCAUCUCCCGAUUUGCUUCAGAUGCUCCCGAGUACCGCGCGCAAUCUUCAAAAAUGCUGGCAUUGAUGUUGACUACUUUGACUGGGACCCUCUUCAUUUACCAAGGUCAAGAGAUCGGCAUGGUCAAUAUCCCGCGCGACUGGCCGCUGGAGGAAUACAAGGACCUGGAAACUCGCAAUUUCUUUGCCUUGAUGAAGGAAAAAACCAAGAAUGACCCUAAAGAAAUGAGUGCUGCUAUGGAUGGAAUUGCGUAUCUCGCGCGAGACCAUGCCCGAACUCCGAUGCAGUGGAACGACUCGUUGAACGCGGGCUUCUCAGUAGGGAAUCCCUGGAUGCGAGUUCACGACAACUAUCGCGAGAUAAACGUUGAGAAGCAGAUUAACGACGACACCAGCCCCUUACAGUUUUGGAAGCGCCUGCUUCGUUUCCGGAAAACCCAUAAGAACCUCUUCAUCUACGGGCGGUUCACGGAAUAUGAUCAUGAAAACACCGCUCUCUUUACCUACACAAAGUCCCUUGACGAUAAUGCGAACCCCUCAUUAGGUGAAACGAAGGAGGUCAAGAAAGCUCUCGUUUGUCUUAAUUUUUCAGGCGUGCGGCAGAAGAUAUUUCUCCCCGAAGACUGUCAAUCGCACACUUUAGAGUUAGCCAUCAGCACAAAUAUCGGAAGGGUAGACGGAGACAACCUAGAGCCAUAUGAAGGCAGGGUUUAUUGGACCCAAUAG